UUUGGCCUCUAGCUUAUCUAUUCGAUAACACGGGUCUCCGGAGCACUGGCAAAAAUUGUCCCGCUGCAUUGGCACCGUCAGCAUUUAUAGCUUUGAUAAAUCCUUUCUGAAAGAAAACUAUAUCUUGUGGGACUUUUAUGAAAAGACGAUAUGGAUGAUUAACAGAUAUAAACAAAACAUAAUCAACAAAAGUGUUUUGAUUGUAGAAUUAAAGCAAGACCGAGAUUCGAAUCCUGGGCCGCUUCAGAUUAUAAAUUAUCACUUAAACCGAGUGAGGAACAUACAUUUUACUUAGGAACGGUAGUGUUGUGGCCCAACUGUGCUAUUAAAAAGGAACAUGAGGGGAGGUUAAAGUUUAUAUAAAAAGAAGUUCUUAUGCGGCAUGGGUGGAAGUUUUUCUAUCAACUCUUCAUCGAAGGCAAUUUGAACCGGAAGCAUUGUGUAAUCGGUAAAAUGCAUGUAUGCAGCAGGACUACUGGAUCCGGACCUACCUUUGAUCUGGCACGUCGCCACCUGCCACCGUUAUCGUUAUAUGAUGUGUCACAUGGCCUGAUAUUGAACAAUGAGCAAGGUUUGAAUCCUAGGAUAUAUAUAUCAAUUCAUUUUGUGCUUUAGUCUCAAAGACAAAGUAGGUUGUUUGUUCAUAACUGUCAGAAAAAGCAUAGUAGCAACAGCCAUGGGGCAGUGCCUGUCUAGUCCGGGUGGAAAUAGGACCAGCACCCCUGGUGACUUGGUUCUGUCGUCCGCCAUAACGGAUCCUAAUAUUACCGAUAGCAGACAGGAACAUCAUGAUCAGCGGGCCCAACAGGAGCCAUAUCAGAACGAUCGGUUUUUGGUUGUCGCAAUAGACUUUGGAACGACAUACACCGGAUACGCUUUCUCUUUCCGGCAUGAAUAUUCCAGGGAUCGUCUCAAAAUAUCAACGAACAUGUGGACGAACAGUGCGGGGCUGUCUGAGAAGGCACCGACAGCCGUGCUUUUGGACAAGAACCAGCAACUUGUCUCUUUCGGUUACGAUGCUUUACGAGACUACGCAGACCUAACGGAAGCCAACAAACAGACUAAAUUCUUCCUCUUCAGCCGCUUCAAGAUGUCACUCUAUACCGAUCAGAAUCUCAGAGCUAACUCGAUGCUGACUGACAUACGUGGAAAACAUGUCCCGGCGAUAGUGGUCUUCUCAGCGGUGAUCACUUAUCUACGAGCCCACGCCCUUGACCGCAUCAGAGGAAUCGAUAACCAAAUGAGUCUGGAAGGAAAGCACGUGCAUUGGGUGGUAACGGUCCCCGCUAUUUGGAACGAUAAGGCAAAGCAGUUCAUGAGGAGGGCUGCGGAAAAGGCUGGAAUAGAGGCUGAUAGACUCACCUUGGCCCUGGAGCCCGAGGCCGCCUCCUUGUAUUGUCGGUAUGUCCCGGUCUAUAAUCGCAGGGCCAUCCAUCAAAGCACCGAGGACCUCACUCGUCCAGGGGCGGAUACGCCUGAUAACUUUGACAACUUCGGAGCAGGGACUACGUAUAUGAUCCUUGACUUAGGAGGCGGGACAGUUGAUGUUACAGUUCAUAUCGUCAAAGAAAACGGCACUCUACAAGAACUUCAUCAACCAUCCGGUGGGUAUUGGGGAGGCACAUUGGUGGACGCAGAGUUCUCAAACCUAAUUAUACGCAUAUUAGGGGACGCGGUUAUGAUGCGUGCGCAUAUUGAAUAUCCACAGGAAAUGCUAGAGCUCAUGUCUGAGUUUGAGGUGAAGAAGCGAGUGUUUAAAAGCGGUCAAACAAUGACCGUUCAGAUUAAGAUUCCAGCGUGUCUUUUUGAUCUUUACACCGAAAUGCAUGACGUCAGUUUUGCGGAGGGACUAGCUAAAAGUGAGUUCAAAGACAAACUAAGUUUGAAGCGGGAUAAGCUCGUGUUGACCGCGGAGCUUUUCGAGUCGUUGUUUGCUUCAUCAUUGUCGCAUAUUGUUGGACACCUCAUCGCGCUGCUAAAUUCGGAACCGGUCUCAAGUGUUAGUACGAUAUUACUGGUAGGAGGAUAUUCCGAAUCGCCGAUUGUAAAGGAUAAUAUUUGUCGGGUGUUUCCUCACAUCCGGGUCAUUAAUCCUAGUGAUGCCUCAUCAGCGGUGCUCAAGGGGGCGGUUCUGUUCGGACACGAACCUUUCGCCAUUGCUAGUCGCGUGUGUAAAAGCACGUACGGUAUCGCGAUGCAAGUUCCCUUUAACCCGGACAAGCACUCGUCACCGACAUGUCGAGUCGUGGAUGGUCUAGUCGAUGACGUGUUCGACGUCCACCUACGUGUCGGAGAUACGGCUACAGUGGGGGCCGAUGUGGUUGAAAAGUUCUAUUUUAUCCCCGCAGGGAGCGUUUAUGCCAUUCUGGACGUGUACAUGAGUUCAAACCACUCACCAACAUUUGUGACCGAACCCGGAUGUACGAAACUAGGAACUGUAACUGUUCAAACUGACAGUGUAAGCACGGACAGGGAUGUAAAGAUCAGCGUGAGGCUGGUCUAUCGAGGGACUGAAUUAAGUGUAGAAGCACGGGAGGUCAACACUGGUAAACUCACCAAAAGUCAAGUCGAUUUUCUUGGCUGAAGAGGUUUGAUCCUGUUCCUGUGAAAGGAAAACAUAACAGUUGAGCUAGUGUCGAUAGAAGAAUGCCAAAUGUGAUACUACCCCAGUAAUACGACCCGAAAAUAGCUAAUUCAUCAAACAGUCUCAUUCCCUGCUCAGAAUUUAUUUCUGGUUUUUCACAUAAACACUAUUUAUACGUUGUUUGAAAGAAUAGAAGAAAGAACAAUAGCCUUGCAAAAACAACCUUGAAGAAGACGCCCUUUUUGGGAUCUAUCUACUUCUGUUCGACAUUGAGUAUAGGGAACUAAAUGUAAAGCAAGUCCAACAACAGUACGAUAUGAUGUUCCAAAAUGUUGUAUCGGAUUCAUCGAUUUGCAAAUAUAUUGCAUAAAAGCUUUCUCAACAUUCAAAAGAUAGAUACUAUCAACUAAUUUCAAUAACAAUGUUGGUUAGAUAUAUGAUGCUGAUCUGUAUUGUAGCAUAUUCCUUCGGCUAGAUUGUAACCGAAGGGUAGUUAUUGCUAA